AUUAUAGUCAUGGCGGCUGAUAGUGAUGGUGAUCUGAUUGAGACAGUGGUAACCUGUGAAGGUGACUUAGGAGAUCCUGAAUUUCCAAAUAAAUUUAAAAUUAUUGUUGAUCGUUUGAAGUACCUGUUAUCAAAGGAAAAAGGCGAAGAUUUAAGAGUAAACAAAGUAGAACCAUGGAAUUCAGUCCGAGUAACAUUUUCAAUACCGCGCGAGGCAGCGUUGCGACUGCGAGAGCUAGCGAGCGAGGGCUCAGCAACACUAACACAAUUGGGAAUAUUAUCAGUGCAAGUGGAAGGCGACCAAGUGAUAUCCUUGCGAAUAGCGAGUCGCUUCGGGGAAGAAACUCAAGAAAUCGUGUUACACUCCGGUGGCACACAAGACACAAGUAAAUCACGAAGUGAUACGAGCAACGGUGCAUCAUCCUCAAGCGACAGCAGUGAUGCCUUGAUGUCACUACCGGGUCCCAGUAGUGCGUGUAACAUCUCCACGAUGAUCCGAGACGUGGCUCAAUUGAUCGGAGCCGAAGGUACUGCUGAAAAACCACCACAAUUUCGCUCGCCGAACGUUGUUGCGCCGACAGACUGUGAUCCAAUCCCAACAUUUCUCGCAAAAACCGUUCAAUCAUCUUCUAACGUCAUCAGUACCCACAAUAUCACCAGCAAUCAAUCGUUAGCGGCUAAUUCAAAUGCUUCACCGCGAAAUAAUUACAAUGGACCAUUCCCGUUUGCCAGCAUGACACAUGCUGCCCAAGCGAUCCAUAAUCGUGAGUCGCAACAGCAACAGCAGCAACAACAACAACAAGCUGGUACAAUUAAAGCUACUCAACAAUUUAAACCACAUCACACUCAACCACCUCCGCCUUAUCCAGCCACAGAUGUCCUGGCAACCUCCCACGUGCUCACUACUGGACAAACUACAACUCAGUCUCCAGCAGUGACUAUUCCUCCAACUAUUCCUCCCAAUCAAGUUGUCGGACAAUUCAAGACAAGCUUACCCUCGACGUCCAGUAGUAGCACGAACGGCAACCAAGUUGCGCUCUCCAGUCCUUUGCUUGUUAAUUUACUACAAAAUGACGGAGGCUCGCAUCCUAACAAUAUAACAAUAUCCCAAAAAAUGCAGCCCCCAGCUUUAGUUGACGCUGCUGGUAUGAGUCGCAUGAAGCCGACUAAAAAGCCAACGGGUCGCAGGAAAGACAUGCCAAUGGCCAGUGAAUCGCCUCCUAAUUUAGACUCUCUAAGACCGGAAGAUUUAAUUGGUGGUACUGCGGGAGCUAUUGGUAAUUUAGCUUCCACCGGGCCUUCGGCUUUCGCUACUGUGAAUGUUAAUCAACCUAUGACAUUACCCCAACAACAACAACAACAACAACAACAACAACAGCAACAGGUAAAUGUAUCGACGUUGCAUACACAAGUACAAAUUCAGCAAAAGUUUCCUGUGAGACAAGAACUGGCUUAUCGGCAAAAUCAAGUUAUGCAUAAUCAAAUGACUGUAAGACAUCCGGUUAACGGUCAGCAGAUUAGAACGCCCUUGCAGCAGCGACAACUGCUUCUUCAACAGCAACAGUUGCUAGCAGCUCAGAAUGUAAAUAACCCGGUGUUGCAACAACAACAACAACAACAACAACAGCAGCCAGUUCAACAAUCUGUACCCUUGCAAUCCGUCCCGGCGAACGCCCAGUUUAUUUCGCAGCCACAGCAGACAGUUGGAUUGAAUGUCGCUCAGCAGAGACUAGGCUACUUGAGUAACACUCCAAGACAGCCUACUCCUCCGCCUUAUCCUAGACAAGCUCCCGCGACUGUUACUUCUACCGCGACUCAGCAGCCUCAGCCGCAGCAAGUCCAAAAUUUAAAUGUCCAACAGCAGUUACAUCACAAUCAGCUUAAAAAUGUUAAUAUAAAUACCAGUGCGACGAAUGAUUUUCGUUAUGGUCAAAGUCAAAAUAUCCUUAGUAGAAAUUACGUUGGUAAUAAUUCACCAGGCGCUAAUGGGACCACUUCUUGGAAUCAGCCAACUGCAACUUCUUUACCGCAAAUAAAUACAAAUACUAUUGGUAGUAAUAGUAGUAUAAUAAAUACAAAUAUAAAUACUAAUAAUAAUACUAAUAUUAAUACUAAUACUAAUACUAAUACUAAUCAACAACGUCUAGCAGGAGUUACAAGCCAGACAAUUACUGCUCCAGGUGCCUUUACACAACAAAAUAUUGGACGCGUUAAUCACGCGACAGCAAAUAAUCCGAUAAGUUCAAAUAUUAAUUUAAAUAUUCCGCAAGAGUUACCUAUUACUGAUACGAAUAAAGUCAGUGCGGGUGAUAAUAAUACUUCGGUGGUUAAUACUUGUGAAAGUAUUGAAGAAGUUAAGGAAGAUCCUGAGCCGGAGUAUACUUCGACUGGUAAAAUCCGUCAGUUUUUAAUUAAUCCGCUUACUGGGCAUUUGGAGCCAAUGCCCAGUGAAAGUUCCGAUUCCGAGCCUGAGAGCGCUGUUGACAAUCAAGAUGAUUUUUUUUCGUUUCCAUCACCAUCUAAUGACCGCUCUAAUUCAAUAUUCUCGGAUGAUGACGCUGAUAGCAAUAUUUCACGGAGAAAUGACACUACGACGAACACUGACCAGUCGGAUUCGGAAAACACCGGCAAGUCUACGGGCAGUGAAGGAAGUCUUAAGCACGGGAGAUUAAAGUCGGCGAGAGACAGUCCAAUGCCGGGGGAAAAAAUAAAAUUGAGGUUGAAGCUGGAAAAGUCUGAGCCGGUUACUCCUGCGUAUAAAGUUGAUGUGUCGUUUGUCAACACGCCGCCUAUGAGAAAAGCUGAUAAGUCGGUCAGUAAAAUUUUUACUAAUUCUGCGGGGAAUUCUGCUGGAGCGGGAGCUGCUGGUGGAGGUGGAGCUAGUGCUGGCUCUGGUGGGAACAGUGGAGGUGAUGAACCUCGAGUACCUCCGCUACAUAUUUCUUUGAGGGGCCGAAAUGCCUCUGUGGUGCAGAUUAGGAAGAAAGAGAAGAAAUCUUUGCGAGAAGAUGAUGAUGCGGCUAAUGUUAAGAGACGCGGGAAGUUAAAGAAGAUGAAGGAGACCACGGAUGGGACUAAGCUGUUGCAGAAAAAAUCAUUGAAUAUGAUUAUUUCUGGCGGUGCGACUUCCGGGAGUAAAUUGCCCUUGAGCAACUCCGCGGUGGUUAAUACGGCCAGUGCGAAGGUUAAUAAUUCGCUGCAGGUCGGACUGGCUAAACCCAAUGUCUUGAAGGAUACUACCCAGGAUCCUUCGGUGAGGCUUCAAGUUUCGGGGGCGAGUAGCAAGGCCAGCUCGAGUAAGAGCAGUGAUGUUGAUGAUAUUCCACUUAAUAGUAGGAUACCCUCGCCUUUGAAACAUAAGACUAUUAUUACGCAGGCUAAUACGCAGGGGUUGAAUAAGAGUCAGGGGGAUGAUGUUCAGAAUCAUACUAAUGAACAUAAAAUUGGUGGAGGUAAAACAAAGAGAAGAGACUCGAAAAAGAAAAGUGAAUCCGGUGAAGGUCCGCAUCGUGAACAAAAUUUACUAUCUGGCGGUAGAAUACUGGACAAUCAAACUAAAUGGAGGAAACUUGGUUACAAAGGCGAUGCUGGUCAGCCCGUUAAUAAAAAAGCGGCUGCUGUGAACCCUGAAAUGCAUCCUAAUGAUACGGGAACAAUUAAAAGAGUCGGAGAAGUGAGACGUACGAGUGACGGUGAUAUAACUACGAAGACCGCGGACAAAGGGAACGCGCUGAGUGGCGUUACGUCGCGUGUUGCUGAGGUCAAUGGUGUCAGGAAGGAUCUUAUUAAUCAGGAAAAGAGACGAAGAUUGAGUUUAAUUGAAGAAAAAGACUUUCAUUCAACAGAAUCUCAAAAUACAGAGACGACCCACAAGUCAGACUCUUCACACCCGUCAAAUUCAUCGUCAUUGGACAAUGACAGUUUAACUGUAAAGAGUACGAGUUUACCGAGCCAAAGUACAGCUCAAAGUCAAUCACUGAGCAAACAUGAAGUUGUAAAAACAACUCCAGCAUCUUCCUCUGGUACGCCUUCUUCGCCGUCUGUCCAGCACGACGCAACAAAAACAAAUCUAUUAGUAAAUAAAAUAAUUCCCAGUAAAAGUAAAACCGAGCUAGUGGAUAUUAAAUCAAACGCAAUUGUUAAAUCCCAAAGCGUGCUACAGAAGGUAAAUAAAAAUCAUUCUUUACUAAAGAGCAGUGAAGUGACACUGAGCAAACACAAACUCGAGCACAAAAAAGUAACCCAGAAUCACGUGAUAAAGUUUACUGAUCGGACUGUUGCGGCUAAAUUAGACCAGAAGAGCUUACUAAAAAGCUCCCAAGUCGAAGUAUCCAGGCCCUUGAGCGUGGAUUCACCACCCACAACCAACAAACCUCAACCACAGCAGAGUCCUAGUCUUCCAGAGGCGGCAGCCGACCGUGAAAAAGCUAAACCAAAGCUACCGGACACGGUGGUAGUGCCCAUCGGAUUAAUUGAGACCACCGCAGAGCGCGUUGGCAAUGGCGGUAAUGCCAAUGCUGGUGAAGAUUCGGGCAUCGAGUCAAUGGACGCGCUUUCUGAAAAAUCACCAAAUCAGGGUGAAUCUCCUCUUCAUCGACCAGUCACCGAGUCAUCGGUUGCUCAGAGCUCCAGUGUAGUUGCUCAAAAAAAUUUACCUAUUACAGCAAUAACCGGUGAUCAAUCCUCCAGUAAUAAAUCUAACAACGUGCCUUCCUCGACUAGCAGUGAUAUGUGUUCAAAUACGGAACUUUUAAAGUCCAAUGAUCCUAAAACAUUGAGUCCUGUCAUGACUGAAGAAACUGGUACUAGGAGCGAGGACACCACUUGUCUUGCUGAGGUAGAAAAAAUUAAAGAAGAGGUUGAUAAGCCAGAAGAGAUGAGUAAGAGUGUGGACAAGCUUGAGGAGGUCAAGGAUAUUAAAGUUGAGAAAGAGAUACAUCAAAAUAAUAUUCCAGAAGUUGAGGAUGAAGUUCCAAAGCCAGGUAGUCCGGAUAAGCUUGGCGAGUUUGAUAAAGAUGAGCAUUUAGAGGGGAAAGUUAAGACUGAGCAUGACACUAGGCAGGAGAAUGUUGGUGAGGUUAAUAAGAGCGAGGAGGUGGUUCAAGGUUCUAUGCAAGUUAAAAAAGAGCCGGUUAAAAUUGAAGAGGGGAGUAAAAAAGUGGAAGAAAGUUUGCCCUCGCCGCUUGGAGAUGAUCCGCAGCCGAUAAGAAUUACACCACCGCUUUAUACUUAUUCUAAUCCGGUUGUGCUGAGGGAUGACACUCCGAGUCCGGCUGCUCAAGUGGAUGAUAGUUCGAGUGAGGUGGAAAAUAUGAAGAGAAAAAGGAGGAGAAAACAGGAGUUGGAAGGUCGGCAGGAUGUUAUUUGUAUUGAGGAUAACGAGGAGACACAUUUUGUUGAUAGGCUUAAUAAUCCGACGAUAAAUACUGAGGAUUUUGUGAAGCGACCGCCGCCAAAGUCCCUGCUGGAGCAAUUGCUGAUUGAGAUACCCAAUGAUAGUAAUGAAAAGCGGUCUCUGAGGACGCGGUCGCAGAAGCUCAACAGUCCGGAUAUCGCCAAGACACCUAAAAGUAGUCCGCAUGGGAUCGGCACGGCUGGACGGGCCGAAGAGCGACGCAGUAUUUCGCCCUACGCGAAAGCCAGUCCGAAAUUGGGGGUUCCUAAAUUGUCACCCAACUCUGCUAAUCCUAGCACGCCUGCUGUAACUGGAACUGUUAAUAAAAAUAAACGACGGAGGUUGGAGAGCGAAAGUUCGGUCGCGUCCAGUGCUGAUGAACCGCCUCAGAAACUUGGUAAGAGAAAAUCUUCGGAAAAUGCUGCGGAGUUGAUUAAAGUUUAUAUGGGUGUUGAGGAAACUGGAAAUAUUAAAAAACAACUCCAUAAAGAUGAACAUUCGAAGAAGGGUUACAGCAUACUUACCAAGGCUAAGAAAGGUCCAAUUUUAGUCGACGUAGAAUCGUCAGAUGAUGAACCUCUUAUAGACAUGGCGGCAAAAGCGAGAAUGCGGCCGACUGAUGAAACUGCUUCGUCAAAGCUCAAAGAUCAAAAAUCAACUCUGAGUACUCCAGUGGGAGGUCAAUUAAACUCAAGUAACGUAUCGAAUUUUAAUGCAACACGUGUUCAAAGGGAGAGUAGACUAUUAACGACAAAGCAACCGGGCAAUGUAAAUUCGCUGUCAGUGGGGAAAGAACGGCUGCGUGGUACAUCUGUGUCCAGCAAUGAAUCCGUUGGUGAGGUUCCGACCCGCAGGUCUGUAAGACAAAGCGCGGUUUCACCUCUAGCAACCCCGGCCAGCAACACUAGAGGCGCGACUAGGACCAUAGUAGAAGACGUUAACAGAAGAAAAACGCGGAGUGGUGCUGGUAAGCUUCAUACGUAA